UAACCUAAGGUGAUGACCAGCACCCACAGUUUUCUGCGUGCCGUCACCCAGUUGCUUGUCUCCAAAGAAACAAGGAGUUCCACAAGGAGAUAGAAGAAGAGUGACAUGAGAAAGGGCAGUGAGGGCAAGCAAGCUAAUAAUCAAAUGGAGGACACCGGCGUGGGGGGGGCCACGCCCUACCGAAUCAGCAGCAUCUGUUGCCAUGGACGACUCACAUCCUUUGUUCCAUCUAUGUGGAGCACUUGCAGCACAGCAGGAAUUCGCCACCGAUCUUUUAAUGCACCUUCGCCCUUUCCUUAGCUACAAAACAAGUGCUGAACAUGCCUUUGUUUCUUUCAAUAUUGUUUUACUUCCUUCAGCCAUCAUCUCUCUCUCUCUCUCUCUCUCUCUCUCUCUCUCUCUCUCGCUCUUAUACAAGGAGGACAGUAACACGGAUCGAGAGAGAGAGAGAGAGGGGUCGUGCAGCUGUCAGCCGAUAUCCAAAACUCUCAUACAGCGAGGAAGUCCUUUGCACCAGUUGGUUCACCAUCCCAGCCUUGUUAGAUUUCCCCAUCACCACCACCGUCAUCUCCUCCUCUAUAUCUCUUUAGCGUUCCUUUCUAUGACUCUAAGGGUCAAAGAAGAGGAAGGGAGGAGUACACAAAAAGGAGACGGAAGAUUGCGUCCGUAUGCAAGCAAGAUAGAUAAGAACAUAUAGUCAACCUUCCAUAUUUCGUAUGAGACUCAGCCUCCUGCUCGCCAUAUCGAGGCUGUCACCUCUUCCUUGAUUUCCCCGUGCACAGAGAACACGAGAUAAAGGGAAGAGGAGGCGGUCUUACAGCCGCGCGUAUGGCUUCCUCUUCUUCUCCUUCGACUUCCAGCCCGCACUAUCGGUCAAGGUUUGGCGACACAACCUUGACCAAAGUGUUUGUGGGUGGAUUGGCAUGGGAGACUCCCACGGCGGAGCUCCGCCGUUUCUUCGAGCAGUUUGGUGAAAUCCUCGAGGCCGUGAUCAUAUCCGACAAGAUCACCGGGCGAUCCAAAGGCUAUGGCUUCAGGUGGAGAAGGACAGUGUGUUCUUGGUAUCGUUUUGCUUCAUGCGUUUCCACUCUAACAUCCGAGGCUACAAUAUCCUGGGAUUGGCAGGUGACCUUCCGCGACCCCGAGUCGGCGAGGAGGUCAGUGGUGGAUCCCAACCCGGUGAUCGACGGCAGGCGAGCCAACUGCAACAUUGCCGCUUUGGGGAGGCAGCGACCCUCUCCACCACGAGGGAGGAGCCCAGAAGGGAGCAUGUACCGGCAAUACAGCAGAGUGCCAGCCCAGGUGGCCCCCGCUCCUCCAGCCCCAGUUGUUUACCCUUCUCCCUUCGGGUAUGUGGCCUAUCCAGCUGAGUAUGUAUACCAACAAACUGCUGUGUACAACCCUCAAAUGGCAUCCUACUACCAUCAACAAUUGUAUGGACCAACUUCACCACCAACUGUUGGACAUCCACCCUACCAUUGCCCUCCAAUAGGGUACUUGCAAACUGCUAGGGCAGGUUUUCCUUCACACUACAUGCAGUAUCCUGCACCCCACAUGGAAGGGACCUUCAUCCCCUCAUCUUCACAGCAGUAUCCAUUUCAACUGCAGCCCCCACCACAUGCAAGGCAACCCCUGAACACUACAGAAGGCUCACAAGCUCCUCAGCAACUCUCCACACCUGGAGCAGACUCUGAUGAUAACCAGGAUGCUUGAAGGUGGCAAUUCUCAUCCUUCAGCAUAACUUCUGCUCAUCAACUGAUCACGACGAACAAUAAAACAAAUGGACUGAAUAAAUUGUGUCAAAGGUUUAAAUCCCAAGUCUUUUUUCUUUUUUUUUUGGCAUAAAAAAGACAUUUCCAGGGCAGCUACAUUCAGUGGUGAAACUACUUCUUGUGCCCUGUGAUGAACACUAAUCGACUCCAAACUCUUUCUUUAUUUUUUUUCUCUCUAAUUAUUAUUUUUGUAGAGCAAUCAUUCAUUGCAUCUCUAAAUUUCUUGUGUA